AUGCAUCGGCGUCAAGAUAGAGAGAAAGUCGGUCAUGGGUUUUCUGGUGUCAUCUAUUCUCACUCGCUUUAUGGCCGGGCACCGUAUAACGCUAGCAGGAAUUGUUUUAUGAUGCUGAUUGUACCGUUGGGUUAUCGUAUACGACUGAAAGUUCUGGAGUUCGAUGUCAACGGUAAUAAUUCUUCGUGCGAAAAGGACACUCUGCAUGUCUUCGACCAUGAGACCUCGAUUGACCCGUCUACUGCGCACUCGAAAACGAGUGUAACAACCACGCCGGGACCAAUAAUUGGUGAGCGAUGA